CCUGGAGCGGCGGCGAAUGACGCAAGGCGCAUUGGUUAAUAAGGCUUCGUGCAGUGUGAAACCGGAGCGCCAUGGCGGCGGGGUUCCUUCUCUGUGUAGCCUGGUAUUUCACUAUUCUUGCUGGUUUUUAUAUUUUGUAUUGUCCUGUUAUAUACUUAAUGUUCUUAAACUACAAGCUGUAUAGAACAAUUGUUGACUCACUGUUUGCUUUGUGGGAGCUGUACCCAGUGGCGUUAUUCCAAUGUUGUUUUAAUACGCAUCUACACCACUCAGGCGAUUAUGUUGAUCCCGAUGAAAGUACUAUUAUUAUAAUUAAUCAUCGUACACGUGUUGAUUGGAAUUAUGUAUGGAUGGCUCUGUAUCAUGCUACUCAACAACCGGAAAAAUGUAUUUGCAAGGAAAAAGUCAACGGUAAACAACACAGAACAGAAAGGGGUUUAUUGGAUGUUGGAGGAAAGUCAAAGACAAAGUUUGUCCUGAAGGAGGAGAUUAAGAACAUUCCUGGAAUGGGUUGGAUAAUGCAGCUAAACUAUUGUCUGUACGUCAAGCGGGCGUGGCAGGAGGAUCAGCUUGGUCUCUUUCAAUUCGUGGAUUAUUAUUCUCGAAUGCGGUAUCCAUGCAGGAUUGUACUUUUUCCAGAGGGUACUGAUCUCAGUGAAGAUAAUCGCCGUAAAAGCCAUAAAUUUGCUGCAGUUAAUAACUUGCCGAAAUACGAAUUCGUCCUCCAUCCUCGCACGAAGGGGUGGGCAGCGCUGUGUUCGAGCCUCCGCUCUAACCUCACAUCGAUUUAUGACGUUACUGUGGCCUACGACACUCCCGCGCAGACGGAAGCUGAUCUACUGCGUAAUAAAAUCCCGAAGCAUGUGUACUUUCAUUUUAAACGAUAUUCCAUUGAUAACUUACCAUUAGAAGAAGAACACCUAAAAACUUGGCUCAACGAGAGAUGGAGUGAAAAAGAAGUAAACCUUAAGAAAUUUCAUACCGACGGGAAUUUCACAGAUCUUUCAUCUAACAAAUCAUGUGCGGAUAGAGAACCAAGAGCGCUACACGCUGCAAAACUAGCUUUUAUUUUUUGGACACUAGUUGACAUUUUGUUUAUGUACUUGUUAAUUUAUAGUGCAGUGUUUCAGUUUUGGGUAAUCUACAAUUGUCUCUUGUUUGUCUCAGUCACAUGGUACUUAGGAGGAUUUCAUAACAUUCAAUAUAAAUUAUUACAAAAAAAUAAGACUAAACAUUAGAACAGCAUAGUGCUAGGUAACUUAUCAUCAGUCUGUGAAUGAUGCCUAUAAUACAUAAAUAAGUAAUAGUUCUGUUAUUAUUGGUUUUAUAUUAUGGGUACAUUUGUAG